AUGGCAUAUAGGAUACCUAUACCUACGCCAAGAAGGGGAAUUCGAUCAUUGAUAGUAUUACUCACACUCUUGAUAACGCCUUAUCUUCUAUUGAAACAUCUAUCAUCAAUCAAUAACUCCUCUUCGUCAGCUUCACGCGGAUCGAACAGGAACAACGUACAGAAAACGAAUAAGGAAGCAUUAAGAUCAAGAGUUCAAGGUCAAGGUCAAGGUCAAGGUCAAGGUCAAGGUAAAAAAGACGAAUUGAUCAUUCAAAGAGAACGCGAAGAUGAAGAUGAUAUUUCAUUCUUCGGUUUAGGUAGACUUUUCAAUGAUCACGAAGAAGAUGAGGUAGAUGAUAUUGGAAAUGAGAUCUUAUUUAGAGAUAGUGAUGAGAAUGAAGAUGAAGAAGAAGUAAUAUCUCCUCGGAACGGGAAAGGGAAUGGACCUGGACACAAAGUUGGGAAUAAGAAAUCCAAAUCUAGUCCUCAACAACAAGAACAAGGACAAUUUCCGAAUACAAAGACAAAACAUACAUUUUUAUCAAGCGGCUAUUUGAUACCUAACAUACAAUCCAAUCAUCCUAUAUUUACGUUGAUCGAAUCAGGUCAAAAAAAUUGGAAAAAUAAAUUGAGUAAACAAAGUAAAAAUCUGAUAGAAGCAGUGGAUGAAUAUAGGAGAAGAUACGAUAGGGAUCCACCUAAAGGAUUCGAAAGAUGGUGGGAAUACGCUACGAGGAAUAACGUCGGCUUGAAAGAUGAAUACGAUCAAAUCUAUCGCGAUCUCGAACCAUUCCACGCGUUACCUCCGAAUAAGAUCCAAUCACUCAUUCGAGAAGCAUCAGAAAUGUCAGGCAUGUACACUAUUUCAUGUCCUGGUAUAAAUCCUUCCUCAACCUUCGACUCCGGUUCAGACUUAGAUUUGGACUCUGACCCAAGUGAUGCAACCCCAUCGUCGAAAUGUACAUAUAACAUAGUCGAGACUGGACUGAACGAAGAAGGUAAAAGAGUAGCUAGGGAAAGGGCAUCACAACAAUUAGGUCUAUUACAGGAUAUUCAACAUUUAUUGGAAAACGUUAAAGUUACAAUGUAUAGUCAUGACGUUCCUUGGCAAUUCGUUGGUCAUGAAUAUAAAGGAGCCUUGGAAGAUGCUUCUGCCGUAGGAGAAUUCUUCAAUCCGGACGAACACGAAAUCGACACGGCUCAUCUCGGCUGGGCAUCAGCUUGCGCACCGCAUAAACCCCUCAGACACGACUACGAUCCUGAUAUCUUACCUGAUUUAGAUGGUUUAUGGCAUGGUGAUAAGAGUUUCGUAUGGGAUCACAAGGCAACGAUGGACCCAUGUAUACAUCCCACUUUGACUCAUUUAGUAGGAUUCUUAUCUGGACAUGGCAAAGGUCCAGGACCAAGUAAAGAAUUAUAUCCUGUUUUGGCGAUGUGUAAAACGACUUUACAUGCUGAUGUAUUAGGGGUCUCAAUGGAAGCGUGGACUGAAGAUGUAGGCGAUGACCCCUCUUGGGAAGAUAAGAAAGAUGAGAGGAUGUUAUGGAGAGGCAAAACCACUGGUAUCUACUUCAAAGAUGGAGUUCCGUGGAAUAUAUCACAACGAAUUAAUUUAGUGUCAAGAUCAGCAGAACCGUUAGGUCAUUUACCCAUUUUUGACGUACCGGAAACUUCCAAUCCUUCGAUACAAGUUGGAAGUCCAAAGAAUAUACCACUAUCUCAAUUAAACGAUGAAUUGAUGGAUGUAGCUUUUGUUGAUGAAGCGAUACAAUGUGAUCCAGAUGUUUGUUGGAAAAUCCAAAAUGGAUAUAAAUUCGGUUCUAGGAAAAACUGGCCUGAAGGUAAUCAAUACAAAUACCUUCUUGAUAUAGAUGGAAACGGAUGGAGUGCAAGAUUUAAACGUCUAAUGACUACAAAUUCAGUCGUGUUGAAAUCGACUAUCUUCCCUGAAUGGUACACCGAUCGAAUACAGCCAUGGGUUCAUUACGUACCUAUAAAAGCGGAUCUAACAGAUUUAUACGAUGUAUUAUCUUUUUUCAGAGAAGGUCAUGAUGAUUUAGCUAAACAAAUAGCUAUGAAAGGUAAAGAAUGGAGUAAGAAUUAUUGGAGAAAAGAAGAUAUGAUAGCGUACCAAUUUAGAUUGUUUUUAGAGUACGCAAGAUUAUCAGCUGAUAAUAGAGAUAAAGCAUCUUUCAAAUUGAAAGGAAAUGAUUUGAGGAAAAUCUCAAAUGAAUUAGAAUGA